ACUCAAUUACUACUUGAUCAGAGAGAAUGCAAAAUCAGGCAGCUGAACAAGCGCGCCAUGCUGUAUAAAGAGCACUAACGAGGUGAACCACGAACAUUAUCCUUUCCUCUCCACAUCGUUUCCAUAGCCAUGUUCACUCGCAAUGUCCUCCGCAUUCUCCCCUUGGUUCUCGCUGCACUUUCUAUGGCCGCAAAUGCUGUGCCCAAGCCGGAGAAGCCAUUGAAUGAGCGACUCUUGGCGAGGCUGGAUGACUGUGGCGAGGUCUCUGAAUCCGUCGCAUUUCUGCAGGCCUAUAGCCCCAGCUUUGAGAAUCACUUCUACGGAGACGACGCCGCAUCGAUGGAGGGCUUGAUCACCAAUCAGGACUACAUAUCCGAGGGCGAUGUCGGCCAUGUUUUCUCUGCUCAAGUUGGGGUGACCAUCCCGCUCUACGGCCUGUGGAGCAACGGGCGGCUGGACAGCUUCUACACCACGUCCAAGUCGGAGGCAGACAAUGCAGUAGACAAGCUAGGCUACACCGCAUAUGGCACUGUUGCCUUCGUCUAUCAGGACCAAAACUGCGGCAGCAUCCCAUUGUACCGCAUGUACAGUCCUACCGCGACCGAUCACUUCUACACGACGUCGGAGAGCGAGAGAGACAAUGCCAUCACCAACCUCGGAUACGUUGAUGAAGGUAUCCAGUGCUACGUCCUCCCUACCGAUGACUAAUCUUGGACAAACAUUUUUCGAUGCAAAUUGGCAUUCUUAUUUCUUGAUCUCUGUGAUUCAUUGUAGUGGACUACAGUACAUGUUAGGUGAGACCCGGGCAGUGUGGACAU